GUAUUGUCUACAACAGACUUAUUCGUAUCAUAACUGUUUUCUGCGUCAGCGGUUUCCUUUAUUCUGAUUUUGUUUAAUUUUCUGAUUUGUUUCCAGACACUUGAUUACUUUUAAAUUUCUGUGGUGUCCAAUAAACAUCUUAUGGAGUCUUCUUCAGCAUACCGUCCUAUUAGAAAAACUCUUUAUACUUUAAGAGCUUACAAAAUUGGAAGAGCCAAUGGAAAGCGAAAAUCAACCCUUAAACCUUGGGAAAGAGGAAUCGAGAGAGGGUGAAGUUGAUCAAAAUGUACUAAAUAAAAAUAAUCAGUUUGAAAAGAAGAAGAAAGAAGUGGCACUAAAAGUAUAUCCGCAAAGAUGGUACAUACUAGCCUUGUACGUGGUGUACAUGAUAUGCAAUUCGUCGCAAUGGCUUCAGUACUCUAUUAUACCAAACGCCGUGACAAAAUUUUAUGGGGUCACUAACUGGCACGUCAAUUUGACAUCGCUUGUGAUGAUGGGAUGUUACUUGCCAUUAGCAUUGCCCGCUGCAAGUUUUAUGGAUCGGAUUAGCCUCAGGUGGACAGCGAUUCUUGGCUCAUCAGGAACUGCGCUUGGUUCCUGUAUCAAGGUGUUCUCCGCUACUCCUGGCGGUUUCUAUGUAACUCUGACCGGCCAGACUGUGGUAGCCGUCGCCCAAGUCUUAAUGCUGAGCGUACCGCAGAAAUUAUCAAGCAUUUGGUUUGGGGAACGUGAGGUAUCAUCGGCCUGCAGUAUUGGAGUCUUUGGUUUCCAAUUCGGUCUAGUUGUGGGAUUUUUCUUGCCUCCAAUAUUAGUCUCAGACCACGAUGACCCAAACCAGAUUGGAGAUGAUUUAUUCAAAAUGUUUGCUUACUUUGCAGUUACGUCUAGUUUAGUAGCAGCUUUAGUUAUUUUCACUUUUAAGGCCGAACCACCUUUACCACCGACUCUUAGCCAAGCGAGAGCAAGAUUGGCAACCAAAAGUAACUUGAGCUUGUACAUGAGAACUCUUAAAAGAAUCUUUUCUCAACGUAGUUUGGUAGCACUUUUUAUUACUACGGGCAUCAAUAAUGGAUGUUUUAAUGGCCUCUCCACUUUGUUAAGCCAGAUAUUUGUGAAUUAUUUUCCGGAUCAAGAAGAAACCGCCGGUAACAUAGGCGUGACUAUGAUAGUCUUCGGUAUGACGGCAUCUGUGACAUAUGGCUUCAUUCUUGACAAAACGAAGAAAUUCAAGUUUCUGCUUAUAUUUAUUUACUACAUGUCGGCUGUUGCUAUGGCUACGUUAACUGCUCUUUUGGUUUACUGUAAGGUGGUGUGGGUUAUGUUCGCUGGGGCAGCUUUUGUUGGAACAUUUCUCUGUGGAUUUACUGCCGUGAGCUUCGACGUUGCAACCGAACUGACUUACCCUGAGUCGGAACUUAUUAUCGGAACUAUUAUGAACAUGAUGUCUUUACUAUUCACUUUUGCGACAACCUUAACAUUUGGAUAUAUUAAUGAGACACUCGGUUACUUCUGGGGUAACGUCGGUUUCGUAGUUACCCUAGUAUUUGGAGCUACGUGUACGUUGCCAAUAAAAUUUGAACUUAAGAGGACAUUGGCGCAGAGACCAAAAUUGAACGAAGACAAGCGUGAAUUUAUUUACUGAAAUUAAAUAUACCUAAGGUAAACGUACUGGUGCUCGACGCGGUCCCAGUACAUGUCUUAUUGAAACCUAAAGUCAUUGUCAAUAGAGGUGACAGCAAGGUGUCAUCUAUUAGGCAUUAGCAUCACUAGUACGUUUACCUUAAUAAUUGUAUACCUAAAAUAACCCGCCCACAACAAUGUAUUUGAGAAAUCACUGUCAAGUUAAUAACAAUGCUGUUUUGGAAAUAAUAUACCCUUGGAUCCAAUAUCACAAAGUGGGUGUGAUGUCCUUUGAUAUAUGGAUGCGUUAUUAUCCCCACAUUAUUUAGAUAGGUAGCUAUCUAGUUUUGUUUAUCAAAAGUUGUGUUUUGUUGGAACGAGUAUAUGAUAUAACCAAGUUUCAACACAUUUAUAAAUUCAGAGAUCGGACAAAUUUGCGACAUUGCUCGCAAUAAUGUAGACAUGACUCCAAAAUUGAUUAAAUAAUUAAUCAUUUAAUUAAUUUCUUACCUGAGGUUUAAUUUUGAUUCCUAAUCAAUAAAUAACACAAAGAUUUCUUAUAAUGUAAAUUUAUUAAAGAAAAUAAUCAGCAUGUUUUUAAAAUUUUCUGUAGGUACUCAUUUUUUAUAUCAAAAAUAUAUUUAAAUUAUUUAAGUGCUAUUUAUUGACUAGGGAACAAAAUUAAAUCUCAGGUAAAAAAAAUAAUUAAAUGAUUAAUUAUUUAAUCAAAUUUGGAGCCAUGCCCACAUUAUUGCGAGCAAUGACGCCAAUCUGUCCGAUCUCUGUUUAUAAUAUAUAAAGACGUAUAAAAAAUUGGACUUCAAUAAAGACAUUUUGUUCUGUUAUUUUCCAACAAUAAUCAAUCCACUACCUAAUUUAAAUAAACGGAUAUUUCUUAUCCAUACUAAGAUUUCAAUUUGCUUCACUGUAAUGCUUCAGAAUAUAAUAAUUUAUUGCAUGUAAAAUUAAAUGUAUAAUAUUUUCUUGUACCAAGUUACCUACUACAUAAAAUACCAUACAAACACAUGUCAUACGCUAUCAAAAUACAUUCGAAUUAUUAACUUGGCAUAUUUAUUUAUAAUACAAACAGGAAAAUAACUGAAGGCGAAUAUUCCCUGAAUAACGCGUCUAUUUAUAUUUUCACGACACAAAAGGUAAAGU